AUGGCCAUCAACUCGGCUCCUGAGUCCUCCCUUCUCUCCCUCCUCUACCGAUCCUACCCCGCCGCCGUCUCGCCCGAUGCCACUGAGCUCGACCUCCACCACGCCUCGCCCAAGAUUUUCCCCCAGACCAGCUUUUCCGUCACCGAGGAGGCCGACAUCAAGCAAUGGCUGUGCACAAUCUCCGGCCUGCAGGGCGCCCUCACCAAGGAUGAGAAGACUGUGAUUGAGAGCAUCCUCACCCAGCUGAACACUCACUUGGCUGUGCGGACAACCCUGCUGGGUGCAAAGCCCUCAGUGGCUGAUAUCGCCGUGUAUGCUCUCCUGGCUCCUGUCGUGGAGAAGUGGACUCCCGAGGAGCGCACUGGCGAGAAGGGCUACCACCACAUUGUCCGUCAUGUGGACUUUGUGCAGAACAGCCGAUUGUUCGCAUUGCAGAUCCCCGACGAGGAGAAGAUCGCUAUUGACGUGAAUGAUGUGCGAUUCGUCCCCAAGCCCGUCGACCCCAAGGAGGAGAAGGAGCGCAAGAAGAAGGAGAAGGCUGCUGCUCAGAAUCCCGACGCUGCUGCUUCCACUGGCAAGCCGCUGGUCGUGGGACAGGGCAAGCCCGAGAAGGCCAAGGGUGGAGAGGCUGGAGAGGCCCCUGCUGGCGGCAAGCCCAAGAAGGAAAAGAAGGAGAAGAAAGAGAAGCAGCCCAAGCCUGCUCCUGCGCCGGCCGCUCCUCCGUCCCCGUCCAUCAUCGAUCUCCGUGUCGGCCACAUCCUUCGCGCCAUCAACCACCCCAACGCCGACUCUCUCUUCGUCUCGACUAUUGACUGCGGUGAUGCUCCUGGCUCCGAGAACACCUCGUUGGAUGAGGCCACUGGCAAGACUGUUCGCACUGUGUGCUCUGGAUUGAACGGUCUAGUCCCGUUGGAGGAGAUGCAGGACAGAAAGAUCGUUGCCGUGUGCAACCUCAAGCCUGUCACCAUGCGCGGUAUCAAGUCCUGUGCCAUGGUUUUGGCUGCCUCUCCUCGUGUUGCCGAGGGUGAGGACUCGCACGCCGGUCCCGUCGAGCUGGUCAGCCCUCCUGCCGACGCCCCUGCCGGUCAGCGCAUCACUUUUGACGGCUGGAGCGAGGGUGAGCCCGAGAAGGUGCUGAACCCCAAGAAGAAGGUCUGGGAAACUUUCCAGCCCGGUUUCACCACCACCGAGAACCUCGAGGUUGCAUUCGAGAGCAGUGCCGUUCCUGCCGUGCAGGGCCAGGAGGGCAAGCCCGCCCUUGGCAAGCUGCUGACCCAGUCUGGUGGUAUCUGCACAGUGAAGAGCUUGAAGGGAGCUGCUGUCCGGUAA